ACAAUGUUUAUACGCCGUUGAUGUAGAUGUUCGUUUACAUAUUGAGUCAGAAAUAACACGCCGAAUGAAUGGCAGGUACGGUUGCCAAGUUCCCCGUUGUGGGAGAUGUACACGGUGUCCACAACCGUACACAACUUGCAAACAGUGAUUCAAGGAAUGUAACUACUGGCAAUCAGGCAGCCACUAUAGUGAGCAUCGUUAGUAUGGAAGAAAGCGUAGUGAUACAACAGCUUCGAGAACAAAAACUGUACAGCCGACUUGACAUUAUCCAGUGGUUACGAAAUGAUUUGAGAAAGAAUGGUGGCCGGCUGCUCUUUAAAGAGAAACGAGCAUUAUUUCAAAGUCUAGUUUACACGUUAAUAGAUACUAACUGGGAAGUUAAAAAUAAUGCUGUGAUACUAAUUAGUGAGUUCAUUCCACAAUUCGGCCAUGAGUUGGAUAACUGCAUGACAGUGAUCUUCCCGAAACUACUAAUGAACAUCUCUCAUCCCAAAGUGCGUAGAUCUGUCAUUCAAACUGUACACGUCUAUAUGAAAUACUCUAGUGAUUUGGAGUCUGUCUUUCGUGGUCUGGUGAAGUAUGGCCUAGAGAGUGAAGAUCCUGCUGUCCGACGGGAGAUCACGAUUGGCUUGCCAUUGCUUUUUACGCCUGAGUUUGCUAAUGAAGAUUUGCAUUUGCUAACCGAAGCACUGGUUAUUCGCUUACACGACUCUGCAGGCGAUGAAACGGCUCAACAACCCAUUCUUGUAUCACUGGAAAAAAUACAAGAAUUAGUUAGUGAAAAAAGGUUCAAUGAAUUCUUAAAGAAGCUACCGGAUCAACAUCUGACUUACUACUGCAGAAUCACCAACUGUGACUUUGAGGAAUUUGCAACGAAGAUUGGUAGAAGUACAAAUCCGGAUAUUAUCAAGAUUCGUGGCCGUAGUAACAGUCUUAGUCAACAGAACAAUGUACAAUUUGGCUUUGUGCCAAACCAUGUGAUGGACAAGCUUUCUGAUGAGUCAGAUUGGAAGGCUCGUAUACAAGGUGUAGAGGAAUUAAAGAACAUCUUAAAGCAGUUAGAAAACACAAAUUCACUAGUUAGUAACUUAUACAACUUUAUCAAUUUCUUGCAAGCUUUACUCGAUGAUGUGAACUUCAAGGUUCUAUCAACAACUCUAGAGAUUCUUGAGCUGUUGGUGAUAAAGCUCAAGGUUGCUGUGAAACCAGUCCUAAAGCCAAUAGUGGGGGCUUUGUCUAAGCAUAUAGGGGAAAACAAGACAAUGCUAAAGCAAGAGAACAUGCGAGUUAUUAUGAGGCUGAUGCAGACACUCUCGCCAAAAUCCGUGCUUACUGUGAUAUGUGAUCAAAAUCUAAUGAACAAGAAUUCCAACGUCAGACAGGAGACGUUGAAUAUCGUAAUUGCGUCCCUGCUGACGUUUCCAAGCUACGAGUUUGAUCUUGCAUGGCUAUGCAGAACACUUGCUCCAACACUUCUAGAUUCGAAGCGAAAAGUGCGGCAUGCAUCCUUGGAAUGUUUUGCGACCAUCGGGCAGGCGAUGGGUAUGAAUAAAAUGCAACCUCUUAUUCAGGCUGUAGAUAGUCUUGAGCUACAGUACGAUGCAGAGGGUAUAAUGUCGGCCGUUCAAGCGAGAUUAGCGCGCAGGAUGUUGCCGCGGCUCACCGCCGAUCAGUGCAUCGAGUAUUCGCUCCAGUUGCACCCCACGUCUGCUUCUCUGCGCGACCGAGGCAUGCGGUUUGGCGCCGACAUCGACUGGAUCAUGGCGGGGUCGGGCGGUGGCUCGGCCAGAGCCCACGCCGUCUGUCAGGACACUGGCUCCGAAAGCCCGAGCGACACUUCGUCGAACUCGAGUCUGAGGGUGAUUGGUAUUGAUGCCAUCCAAAAGGUGGAUAGCCCAGGUAGCAACCAGUCACGUUUCAGAAGUGCGGGAAAGCGUAACAAGUUACCGUGGGACGAAGUUGGACAGCUGGAUGGAACGUUUUCUUCUGAUGCACAUCAGAGAGAUUCAAGAGCAACUGGGUGUUCACUGCCAGAUGGAGUGGCACCAAAGGCGAGCGUUCCUGAUGGUGAACUGUCUGGAGGUCUCGCAACGUGGCCCAAAGACAAAGGUGGAAUCAAUGGGACACGUGAACGCAGCUCUCCAUCGUCCGUGGACUCGAGUAAAGUGGUGGGUAUGACGUACUGGGAUAUCCACCAGAAGCGACGAGCGCAGCAGGAUGCCACAGAGACGCGUGGCCCGAUGCGUGCAAUGUCUCAGAGCUACGGCAAUGCUAACAAUAAUACGGACAAAGUUGCAAAGCCCCGGAGCCCUUCCGAUCCAGGACAGCAGAUCAUGAAGAGUGCAAACGGAGAGCCAAAAUUUCCUUUCGCAUCGACCGACAACAAGUCCGAUACAAGCAAGAGCUCGGAGAAUGAGAAGAUACCCAUGAAGCCCACGCUGGCCCUCGUGGGCUCCACCAAGCGCCGCAAAGUGCCGUCGUCCGAAAACCUCGUGAAGCUGGAGAUCGACAUUGGCAGCAGGAGCGACGAAGAGCGGUGGCGCCGCCUGCAGAGCGACGCGUCGGAAGCGCCCGUCUUCACGGAAAUCUACGGAACUAGCAUCGCGAAGCCGGCCGAUGCGGAUCGCAACGGGAAGCCGAAGCCAAACAGCAUCCGGAGCGACAUCAGCAAGGCGGUGAGGCAGAGCAUCUCUUCGCCGACACUAAGUACAGAGGAUUUGGUCCACCGAUUGCCACUGUACAAGCAGAAAGCUGACUCACCACAGCCGGCCAAGGUUGCGACGCGUGAAAUUGAAUUGCGUACCCCUCCUGAAUUGCAAAGCAGCAACCAAAAGAAUGGGGUCGUGUCGAGGUCGGCGGAGAAUCCUUUCAUAACCAAGCCAAAGCUCGGCCGAGAUGAGGAGGAGCUUAACUUGCUUUCAACUUACCCUCCUAAGAAAAUCAGCCACCAAGAGGCUAGCGUGGAUGCUGAAGCUCCAACUCAUUCUGAAGUCAAUAAGAAAAAAGAUCCUGACGAGGUUAGCCAUCUUUCGCAGUCGGCAAAGGAGAAGAUCAUCAGCAAGCAGUCGUCGGUAGAGAACAUAUCCGAGCAGCGCGACCUCGCUCGACAGCGCCACUUAAAGGCGCAGGAGGAGAAACGCAAGCAGCGAGAGCAGCGGCAGUCGGAAGUCGCUGAUCCGCCAUAUUCAAAAGAAGCCGUCCCAAACGAUGUAAGCGGCAACUUAUUGGAAGUGAAACCCGUCGUUGAUGAGGUUGUUCCAGAAAUGACUGAGUCCCCUCAUAAGAAGCAAGUGAGAAGAACACCAGUAAAGGCUGCCACAAAGCCUCCAAUAGGGCCAAAACAAGGAAAGACAAAAGAGACAACGCUGGCAAUCGAUAUCUCGGUGAAUAGUUCACUGAACGAUACCUCAAACUCUACUGACGAACUGGAUGGUCAGCCAUUUACGAAUGCUGACAGUGCCAUGAAAACUACGUUUGGUCUGUUGGCCGAUGAGAACUGGGAGCAGAAGAGGGACGGCAUCAGCUACUUGCGCCGGCUCGUCGCGCAUCACACCGACACCGUGCUGCAUCAGCUACACGCCGUCAACGUCGCCAUGAUGGCCGAGAUCAAGAACCUACGCUCGCAGGUGUCCACCGCUGCCAUGGUCUGCAUGAGACACAUGUUCAUACACCUGCAAAAGAACAUGGACACGGAUGUGGAAGUAAUCACGAAGAUUCUGCUGCACAAGACUGGUGAGAGUAACACGUUUAUCAGGGAGGCAGCAGAGAGAGCCCUCUCUGCCAUGGUGGAGAACGUCACUCAUCAGAAGGCACUGCUAGCACUCGUGCUCGCUGGUCAAACGCAUAGGAACCCGGCCAUUCGAGCAGUACAGCACAGUUCUUGGGACAAUUGA